UCGGGCUCCUGGGGUGAGACCAUGCGGACGAACAAAGUACAUGGCUACCUGUUAUUUUUAUUUAGUCAUGGAGCUCAUCCUGUCUGAAUAGCUUUAACAGUAUUAUAAUGUGAGCUUGUGUUUUUUAAUUUUUUUUUUGGUGCGUGUGUUUUCGCUCAUUUAAAGGGAGUUGUAAUUUCUCCAAAAAUAAUUCGAGCCCCAAACAGCAUUCACAUGUGAACAUGGAGGAAGCGACUGCAAGCGAUGGGACGUCAAGCUCCGGGCGAGCAAAGCGGUCAGGCACGCGGCGACGUUACCAUGACGACGGGAUCUCUGACGAUGAGAUUGAGGGGAAAAGGACAUUUGACCUGGAGGAGAAAGUAUACAGUGAUCGCUUCGGUUUUGAUAGAAUCAAACGCAUGGAAGGAAAAGAUUUUACAUUUGAGUUCAUCCAGAGAGGCGGGCUAAGAGAUCCAAUUAUCUUUGAACGACCAGAUGGACUUGGAAUCAACAUGCCAGGUUCAGACUUCACUGUGAACGAUGUGAAGAUGUUUGUGGGCAGUCGGCGAAUGAUUGACGUGAUGGAUGUGGCCACUCAGAAGGGUACAGAGAUGUCUAUGGCUCAGUGGAGGCGAUACUACGAGACCCCGCCUUCCCAGAGAGAGAAGCUGUACAAUGUCAUCAGCUUGGAGUUUAGCCACACCAAACUGGAAAAUUUAGUCAGGAGACCUGCAACGGUGGACAUAAUAGAUUGGGUGGAUAAUAUGUGGCCACGACACUUAAAGGAAAGGCAAAGAGACUCCACCAACUCCAUCCUUGAAAUGCAGUACCCUAAAGUGCAAAAAUACUGUCUGAUGAGCGUGCAGGGCUGUUACACAGACUUCCACAUAGACUUUGGAGGCACAUCUGUGUGGUACCACAUACUGCGAGGAUGCAAGGUAUUUUGGUUGAUUCCUCCGACACCACAGAACCUGGCGCUCUAUGAGAACUGGGUGCUGUCUGGAAAGCAAGGCGACAUCUUCCUUGGAGACAGGGCUACAGAUUGUCAACGGAUUGAGCUCAAGCAGGGCUAUACGUUUAUUAUCCCAUCAGGUUGGAUUCAUGCAGUGUAUACUCCUUUGGACACUCUUGUGUUUGGUGGAAAUUUCCUACAUAGUUUUAACAUCCCCAUGCAGCUUAAUAUCUGCAACAUUGAAGACAGGACACGGGUGGCUGCUAAAUUUCGCUACCCUUUUUUUUAUGAGAUGUGUUGGUAUGUGCUGGAACGGUAUGUGUACAGUCUGACCAACACCUCCUACCUCAUCCCUGAUUUUCAGAAACUCUCUCUAGGCAUCGGCCUUAAGCGAGAAUUUUCUAGUUCUGAAGCAUUGAAUGGUCAUGUAAAGGAUGAAGAUGAUCCUCCCUCUCCUCCAACUCGGCCAGGGAUGAAAGUUCACAUGACGCCUUUUGAGCUGGAGGGUUUAAGGAAUUUGCUCGGAAAACUAGAAUCUCUUCCCUCACACAAAAAAUGUGUCCCUGCAGGAAUACACAAUGCACCUGCCUUGCUCCAUGACAUGCGGGCAUUACUUAAAGAACACGCUAACGAUAACCCUAAACUUUCAUACACUGGAAGACCCAUUGUUAAAUGGCCAAAGAGGCCCUCCUGGUACCAGCCUCCCCCGCCACCUGCCCCAGUAGGUCGUCCCAAAUUAGCCACCACCCCAAUCCUCCCUCGUCCAACAAAGCCAGCCUCAGCAAUGUCAGCACUGCGGCGGCGGCGUGUGCGCUGUAAGCGUUGUGAGGCAUGUCGGAGGCCAGAAUGUGGCGAGUGCAAUUUCUGCAGAGAUAUGAAGAAAUUUGGUGGCCCUGGCAAACUGAAACAAACAUGUGUCCUUCGUCAGUGUCUUGCUCCUGGCUUACCUCUCUCAGCGGUAUGUGAAAUUUGUGAAGAAGGGAACCAGGAUACUGGAGAAGAACUCAUGGAAUGCUCCAACUGUGCACAAAUUGCUCAUCCUGGCUGCUUAAAGGUGGCAGGUGAUGGUUUAGUUAACAAAGAUCUGCCCAGUUGCUGGGAAUGUCCCAAAUGUGUCCUGGGCAAAGACACGGACUCUGAGUCAUCGGGCAGCGGUGAUGACCUCACGACUCAGGAGGGGUCGGGGGGGCUGAGGGGCGGGGUGUGGCACGGGGUCGGGCGGCCCCCUUCCUCUCUGUCACAUGGGUCGCUACAGAAACAAGUGGCGGCCCCAGAGCAGCGGCUCAGGAAGAGGAGCAAAUUGGAAGGAAACAAAUUGCUUAAACGCAAGUCAUCCUCACUGGAUCCUCGUGUGGCUAAGAUCUAUCGCAGACAUGGAAUGGAUUCAGGCAGUGAUGAUGAGGAUGGAGAAGGAAGAAGGCGGCUCUCUAUCCACUCAAGGGGUGCAAUAUCUGCUCGCCGUGGAUUUGGGUCAAGUAGGCGGGGUCUGUUAAGAGGUUCAUCACAUCGAGGGGGCAGAGGGAUGACCACAAAUUCCUCCUCCCUGAAAAUGAGGCGUGGACUUGGUGCAAGGGGUGAGCGGGGAGGUCGUGUUCGUUUACGAGGGGGGUCUAAAAUGCAGCGGAGGCGUUAUGAAACAGAUGACGAUGAUGACGACGACGAUGACGACGACGACGAUGAGGAGGAGGAGGAGGAGGAUGAAAGUGAAGAAGAAAGACACAUGGGCAGGCAUGAAAGGGAGCACCGUUCACGGCGACGGCGCCGCAGAGGUGAAGAUGACGACGAUGAUGAUGAAGAGGAUGAUGAAAGUGAAGAACAAGAUUUUGAUGGAGAGGAUGAAGAGAUGGAGGACCUGGAUGAUGGAGCGGAGGAAGAUGAGGAUGAUGAGGGUGAAAACCAUUCAGACUCAGAACCUGACCCUCCCGUUCUGGUUGUCUCAGACUUAAAUGAUGAACUGUUACAUGAUUCUUAUCUGACUGUCACAUUGCAGCGGCCAUCAAAGGCCAAACGGGAUCCUGGGUCUAUUGUACCCAAACUGGAGGCAGCCAUGUCUCCUUGCACUCCUGGUAAUGCUGAUUUACUCCAGCGCAAAUCGCUUAACAAAUUUCGCCAAAAAAAUGGCAGCACUGUAAAUGGUCUAUCACAACCCAAAGCCAGUCUAGCAUUAGUCCGACAUACACGCCUCAGAAGUUUGAACCUUGAUGGUAGAGCAUCACCUUCAUCCACCUCCUCUCGCUCUUCCGUUUCUCCUCCUCCUCCUCCUCCCCUGAUAUCCGCUACUGGCUUCUCCCCUCCUUCCCUCCUCAAUCAUCCCUCAUUCCGGGAUGUAGGGAACGAGCCAGGGUGUGAGAAGGAGGUGUGGGUGUCAGUGUUUCGGUACCUGAGCCGAACAGAACUGGCUGUGUGCAUGCGGGUUUGCAAGGCCUGGUAUAAAUGGUGUUACGAUAAGCGUUUGUGGACUCGAAUAGAUUUCAGUAGAUGUCGCUCCCUCAGUGCUCAGGCUCUGUCAGCUAUUAUUAAACGCCAGCCUAUCACACUUGACUUGUCCUGGACACCUGUUUCUAAGAAACAAAUCACCUGGCUUAUCCACCAUCUCCCAGGACUGAAGGAUCUGAUCAUGUCAGGCUGUUCUUCAUCAACACUUUUGGGCUUAAGUUCUCAGAGCCUCCCAUGUCUCCGCACGCUGGACCUGUCCUGGGCUGAAAGCAUCAAAGACGCUCAGCUCAGAGACCUCCUCGCGCCAUCAGGUCAACUGCGUAGUGAAAAUCGCAGCAGGCUGAAAGGUGUGUUAACGUUGCGGCUAUCUGGUCUGGAUUUGAGUGAUUCUACACUGAAGCUGAUAACUAAACACAUGCCGUUGCUGAGGAGGUUAGACCUGUCGCAUUGCCCCGUCCUUACAGACCAGUCCAUCAGCCUGCUUACAGCUAUUGGCUCUAAUACACGCAGCACUCUGAGAGAGAUCACCCUUGCAGGUUGUAAUAAGCUAACAGAUGCGUGCCUAAAUUAUAUGAAGCGCCUCUCGGCUCUCACUCUCCUGGACCUGCGGGGCUGUAAGGGUAUCACGCGACAUGGCUGUGAAAACUUCAUUUCUGACCUUUCCUACUGCACCUUCUUUUGUCUGACUGAGGAUAAACUCAUCCAGAGGAUAUCUUAACACAGACACACACACAUACAGCACACAUGCUCUUACACUGGUGUGCUCAACAGGCUCCAUCAUUAAUGCUCCGACACGAUUCUGAGCUUCCUCACUGAGUCUGGUUGAGCUGGUGGAUGGCGGGAAGAGGCUGCGCCCCUGGGGAGAGGAUGGACGCACAGAAUCUGAGGAGAAUUAUGUUCUUUCGUGCCAGGCAUUCGGGCUCAUUCAAAGUGACUUGUAAAGAAGAUACCAACACUCAUGUGGUCGAAUUGGAAAUCAAAAUGUAUUGAUCCAAACUACCUGGGUGACUGAGAGGAGUCCAGUCUUAGGAGUAUUGUGAGGAGAUGUUAAAAAGAAUGUUGGCUACAUAUAGCAGUUUCAGGUAUGGCUCAUGUUAGGAUACAGUAAACCAGCAUUACCAUGAGUGGGGGGGAAAGGAACCAACCAUGGUGAGAAAUGUUGCCAAAAAACCAAGAGGCAAUGACAUGCACUUAAAUUUGAGUGCCACGAAAUGUAACUCUGACUUUGACCCAACAUCCCUCAUAGUCACAGUUAUGCACACAUCUAUCUUUGACAUCUUGGCUAACCUUUUGUUGUCUGUAAGGCUUUACCAACAUAUUCUACUACAGUAAACUGUAUCAACUUCUAUUAAAGCCUCUUUCCAUUCUGGUUUUUCAUCUCAAGUUUUCGUUGCUUUUACUGUGAUCUUUAUCCUCAUGUAUCUCUCCCACUUUACCUGUAUUUUUCAGUUUUCUUCCAUAUUACCAUAUUCCUCUGUACAUUUGCUGAGUUGUUUAUAGUGUACAUGCAUUUUUUUCUUCUUCUGAAGCAAUGUCUUAAGUGCAUCCUGUAGCAACACAACCGUUUUUCAUAUUUUCUUUUUUUUUUUUUCAAGAAAAGGGAAAAAAAUAAAGUCACAUGUUCUGUGA